CCUCAUCCAACUCCGUCGAACGCCCUUCUCUCCGCUCAUUCCCAGUUCACAACCCCUUUCCAGGACUCAUUGUCAUCAUGUUGCCCUGCGUUCGUGGCCGGGUCGCGGCCCUCUCCACCUGGACCCCCCGAUUUGCCGCCCGGGCCAGCUACUCGACCACCGUGCCUCGCCUCUCCGAGAACUUCAUCCCCGGCAACGACCCGACCCCGCGUGCGCCCAAGCCCAAUGUCUCUGCGACUAAUGCUACUCCGGUGGAUGCCAUGGGCAACUGGGAUGCGCCUUUGAGGGAGGAUCCCGAGGCGGCCGAGCGUAUCCGUCACCUCCAGGCGCCCAACCGGGCUACUACCUGGGCUGCUAGUCAGCAGCCGAAGGAGAAGGCCAUGGUUGGACCUCGCUUUGAGCAGACGAUAAUGGAGUUGCAGCCUCAACCCCUUGCUGCCAUUGAGCUUAUCCACAAACAACCCGUUCGCUGGACGAAAAGCCGCGUUGUCAGCUGUGAUGGUGGAGGCGGUCCUUUGGGCCAUCCCAAGGUGUUUAUCAACACUGAUAAGCCUGAUAUUGCUACCUGCGGAUACUGCGGUCUUCCUUUUGCCCACGAGCAACAUCGCGCCUACCUCGAGUCCCUUCCCGCCACCAGCUACCCCCUCAAGCCGGUGGGUGAUGCUGCCGAGGUGAAUGAGAGCCAGCGGGUGACUGAGGGUGGAUUUGAGCAGCGUUGAUUGUUAUUUAGCAGUUGUACAGAGUACGGAUGAAUUUAUUUUUUCUAUCACAUUUAUAUAUUCACUACCAU